ACUCCAGGAAAAAUAAAAAGAGAGACGCAAACAAGCGGUUCUUUGACCGUCGUUAAUAAAAGAAAAAAAGAAUCAGAGUCUUUUUAUUCGCUUGCUCUCCGCAUCAAAAAUUCACGGUAAAAGAAAAAGAUCUUCUAUCGCUCGGUGCUGCUGCUCAACCACUCUCCAUGGAGAAUCUCAAUCCCACAGCCAUCGCUCCUCUCGAAGAUAACCCUAGCAAAGCCCUAGAUGCCCCGAUUCCUUCUCCUGUUCAGUCGGAUCUAGUCGAGGUCACCGCACCAGUUAAUAAGGAUGCCGAGGAUUCUAAGAGCACUAAGGUAUCAGGGAAUACUGCUCCUGUCUCUGACACCGAGAAGAAGAUCCGCCGCGCCGAGCGCUUUGGAAUUACUGUUCAAUUAUCCGAGCAAGAGAAACGCAAUUCUCGGGCCGAGAGGUUUGGAACUGGGCCCACUGUAAAGAGUGGUGAGGAGCUAAAGAGGAAGGCUAGAGCAGAGAGGUUUGGACUUCCUGUGGCUGUGAGUGCUGAUGAGGAGGCCAAGAAAAAAGCUCGACUUCAAAGAUUUGCACCAACUUCAAAAGAAGAAGAAGACAAAGAGAAAGCAAAGGAUAUGAGGCCUUCACAACCUUCAUCAAAUUCGUUAUCGAUGAAUGGCAAGGGAAAUGUUGAACCAAAGGCAGCGAUUGCAGGCAAGGCGGGUGGGGGGCCCUGAAAAGAGAUUUCCCUCCUCAAAAUUUUAGGUCUAGUUCUAACUUUUGACUCCCUCAGUGGCUUCUAUUCCCAUUAACUUGAAUUUCCAGAUGCAACGGUAUUCAUUCUCAGAUAGAUCAUUAUCUACAGGCAUUUAACAAGAUUCCAGCAGUAUCAAGACGAUUUCUUGGUUUCAGAUGUGCCUUCUAAUAUCAAUUUACCUUGUGAGGCCUAAAGUAAUCAACAAUGACUCUAGUUUGUUAACUCAUCACAUUAAUCUACUAGAUAUAUUGGAAAUUCUGGGUUUUCUAUCUAGGGUGUCGCCAUGUAUUUUAUAUAUAUCUUCAAUCCCUAUAUUGUGCCGAAAGCAGUUGAUGGUUUGUGGUUGUCAUUUGGCAACUGUUUCAUCACAAGGAUGUGGCAUGUGCCUCAUAUUCAUUUACAGCUUCACUCUCAUGAUCUUCCAUAGAACAGCAUUAUUAAGUAUGCAUUUUGAGUAGCAUUUUUUGAUACAAGAAUUUGAGAUUUCAAAAUGCUAAUUCGUUUAUUAGGAAAUGAAGAGUUUUUCUACUAAGCUGCAGAAUUGUUGAUUAUAAUACAAAUUGCUUGGUAACAAGUCUUAUUCUGAUUGGUAUAAAGAUAGAUAUAUGGCCAUGUGGGCAUUUGCAGUUAUAGAUUGUAGAGGGUAUAAUAUAGUACCGGUGCAUCUUAGAAGCCUACCACUGAAGCAAAAAAGUAUUAUAUUAGGAACGUAUUUGUCACAUCUACUAGGAAUGUGUCUUGUCUUUUGUUUAGUCUAAUUGCAGCUUGACUUGAUUGUAUCUUUUCUGAUUUUGUUUUAGCUUUUCAAUUUUUCUUAAAUUGUUUUUCUCUUGGUCUCAUACCAUAGCGCUGGACUAGAAUUGGAUGACAUUAUAUUAAGUGUGUUAGGUGCUCGUGUUGAUUUUGAAACUUUCAAAACAAUUAUUUUAGAUAGGGUAAGAUAAAAUAGUAUGGUACUUAAUGCUGCUGUUUUAAGCUUGAUCAUGGGGUGCAUGUCUGGAAAUGGCAUGUUUGACUUGGUUUACAUAACAGUGAAGGUAAAGUUUUCAGUUAACUUUUUACUUAUAGUUUAUGAUCAUUAAUAGUGGAAUCGGAAAAGAUCUUUAGUUUAUUGCUUCAGAAUUUCUAAUAUUCCUAGCUGAUUAAGAGUGGUUAGCAUUGCAAAAGGUGUUGUUGAUUUCUUUCUGGCCUCACAGUAAGUUGCAGAGCUGCAAGGUAGGGUUAUGGGAAUGAGAUAUUUUUGGAUACUUUGGAUUGUAUUCUGUAAUUUUAUUUGAAUUGUUUUUGGUUAUGAAACUCAGCAUCUGGGAUUCUUGUCUUUUAUGGUCAUCAGAUUUUUGGGAUGGAAGAACAGUGUUUUAUUUGGGAGAUCAUGUAAUAUUUUUCUUUUGUUAUGUAUUGUGCAUAGUUAUUAAAAUAACAACCUCAUGGUUAAUGACAUUAUUAUGAAACUCAACUUCAAUA